AAAUAAUAUAGCAGAAGAUAACCGGACUCCCCCGCAUUUGGGUGAUAAGAAGCUAACAGGAAGAAUGGAGAUUCAUAAAAAAUGCUAAUAAAUCGAUCAGUAUAUCAUUUAUUUCGUGUUCCUCUUGAUGAAGAUGAAUAUGAAUAUUUGCUUGUUUCUCUCAACUUUUUUAAGUAUUUGUAAUUGCAUAGUGAUUAGAAAUGAGAAUUUCCUUCCGAGCAAACCAAAGGAGACUGUUUUUUCAGAACUUGAUAAUAUAAAUCACUUAAGAAGAAAAAGGUACUUGGGAUUGAGCAGAAAUUUCAAGUUGAAUAAAAGAUAUCAAGAAUGUGUAGCACCUGGAGAUGUGAAAGGCCACUGCAAACACCCCUCCUACUGUCCCACCAAUAUAUUCCAGCAAAUCAACACGUUGGACUAUCUUUGUGUUAUUGACAAAACAUUUGUUGGAGUAUGUUGUCCGGAUGACAUAGCCAGUGCAGGAGUAGUAGGAUCCCAACUAGUUAUGGACUUACCUGCAGGAGGAAAUGAUUAUGAUGAAAACGAUGGUCAAACCGGUUGUGGUAUACAAACUGGAGGUAGAUCAUCUGUGGCAACGAAAGGAGCCAACAUUCAAAGAUGGCCUUGGAUGGCUGCCUUAUAUCGCAAAAAAGAAUACGAUGAAGGCACUGAGCAACAAUUUUGUGGCGGAGCCCUGAUAACAGACACUCAUAUUUUGACAGCUUCCCAUUGCACUCAAGGUCUGACUGCCCCGGCGAUACGCGUGCGACUGGGUGAGUACGACUUCGGGCGAAGGAACGAGACGAGGUCACGUGACCUCCUGGUGGCGGAGAUCAUCGAGCACGAGAACUUCGAGCUAUCGUCCUACGACAACGACAUAGCCAUCCUCAGGCUGGAAACUCCCACCAGCUUCAACUCCUACAUCUGGCCGAUCUGUCUGCCCAUGCGCGGUCGGGAGUACGUCGAUGAGACUGUCGUGGUAGCGGGGUGGGGUCAGCAGUACUUCGCGGGACCUCUCAGCGAGGUGCUGCUGCAGGUAGAGGUGCCGGUGUGGCCGCAGCAGAAAUGCGUUGAUACGUUUGUUCAGAAGAUCACCGAUGACAACAUCUGCGCAGCUGGAUACGAGGGUGGAAAGGAUUCUUGUCUGGGAGAUUCUGGAGGUCCACUGAUGUAUCAACUAGAAAAUGGCCGCUGGGUGACCAUAGGAGUAGUAUCCUGGGGUAUAGGAUGUGGAAAUAAAGACAGCCCAGGAAUAUACACGAAGGUCAGCAACUUCCUUCCUUGGAUAAUCAAAAAUACUAUGGCAAAAAGGGGUUGAUGGUCGAAAUUU